AUGCUGGACUUGCUCAGCCAGACUUCGACCUUGAGCUGUUGUGUCGUUGUUUUUUCUUUUCUUAUUGCAAGUGACGAUUGUGUUUAUCUUGUAUCACUGGGUCUCUCUUAUGGUGAAUCAGAUCUUCUAGAAAUAUCCAUUGCUUCUCACGUGUCAGAUAUGUUGGCUGUCGUACGCUUCUUAUUCGGUGAACCUGAUUCCAAGACUGAAGGAAAGCAAGACGAUGAGGCAAUUGAAAACAGAGAGCAGUUCUUCCACUCUCAAAUAGGCAAGUGUCGUGCUGAUCUGAUGACUUCCGCGCUCAAGUUGAAGGAAUUUAGCAAACAGGUCGGUCGUGUUAUCAAAAUUGGUGAAGACAAUCUUCCGUACACCACUUUUGAGAAACUGAUUGAAGCAACUGUCGGAUGUCGUCUCUCUUUCGAGUCGGUGCACGAGUUCUGGGAGUUGAUAUCGAAAAAUGAAUUGGAUAAGUUUACGACCCUCCUGAAGUCUCACUAUGAUCUCCACAAGAGUAGAAUUCGUGAAACAUUGAAAGACGUUAAUCCAAAGGCCGUCUGCAAACGUUGUCGUGAAUGUCUUAAUUUACCCGUUAACAAAGUAAGGUGA